CUUACCGCGGCUCCCAGGCUGCACCAUCUAACAUCAUUCCAGACGCCACGAGCCAUCGGAGACACGGGCACGAUGGCCUCAGCGACUGACGAUGAGUGGGAGCGGGCCGAGGGUGUCCCCAGCCUCACCGACCCCUUCAUCCAGAAGUACCUCUCCGGCCGCGAUGCCCUCGUGCAGCAAGAGAAGAAGCAGCGUAGCGACUACUACUUCCGAGAGAACCUGUCGCCCACAGCCCAGGAAGCCUGCGCCAUCGUCUCCCAGAUCCGCUUCGAGGAGCAACAGACCCUCUGGACCAAGGACUAUGAAGACAGCCUCGCCAGCAACUACGUCGACGUGUUUCCCGGCAUGAUGUUCAAUCUAGCCAAGGAGCGCAUGGAAAAGAGCAGGCUGUGGAAGAUUGUGCGCAAGAUGCCAAAGGGCGCCCUGCUGCACUGCCAUCUCGAAGCCAUGGUCGACCUCGACUGGGUCCUCGAGGAGGCGUUUGCUACCGAUGGUGUUUGCGUGCGGAGCGAUGCCCCGCUGUCAAGUGAGCAGGCCCGACUGAAAACCGGCUUCUCCUUUACCUACAGCAAAGCCAGCGCAAACAGCGGCGUUUCCAUCUGGAGUGACGACUAUGCCGCAAACACGCAGAUUCCGGUAGCGACAGCAGCAGACAACUUCCCAGAUGGCGGACGCAGAGGCUUUGUCGAGUGGAUUCGCUUGCGCACAUCCAUCACCCCAGAAGAGCACCUAAAGCAGCAUGAGGGGCCCAACGAGGUGUGGCGGAAAUUUAUGUCAUGCUUUCCCAUCCUGGGAUCCAUCAUCUAUUACGAACCAAUCUUCCGCAAGUUCAUCCGCAAGUUGUGCCAGCAGCUGUUGGAAGACGGAACUUACUAUGUCGAUUUGAGAUCUGCCUUCUACACACCGUAUCGCAGUCUCGGCAAAGAAGAGUGGGAUGCAGACUUUUUCAACAUGCUUGAACAUAUCGAAGAUGAGGUUGAGAAGUUCAAAGCAUCCGCAGAGGGCAAAGACUUCUGGGGCGUGCGGAUGAUCUGGACUACAGUCCGUGCCUUUGACAACCGCACAAUUGUGAACAGCAUGAACCAAUGUAUCGAGAUGAAAAUCGAGUUCCCUGAGCUCAUCGCCGGCUACGAUUUCGUUGGUCAAGAAGACGUGGGCCGCCCGCUCGCCGACCUUUCGCCGUUGCUCUUCUAUUUCCGCAAGAAGUGCGCAGAAUCUGGCGUCGACAUCCCUUUCUUCUUCCACGCCGGCGAGACUCUCGGCGACGGUGACUCCGUGGACGAGAACCUUUUCGAUGCCAUCCUCCUCGGCACUCGGCGCAUCGGGCACGGCUUCUCCCUCUACAAGCACCCUCUCCUCAUCGACAUGGUCAAAGAGAAGAAGAUUUUGAUCGAGUCCUGCCCCGUGUCGAAUGAAGUGUUGCGUCUCUGUGGUAGCAUCAUGUCCCACACACUGCCGGCAUUGCUAGCCCGUGGGGUACCGUGCAGUUUGUGCAACGAUGAUCCUACAAUCCUGGGACAGGGUGUCAGUGGGAUGAGCCAUGAUUUCUGGCAGGCGCUCCAGGGCUGGGAGAACUUGGGUCUAGAAGGUCUGGGUUCGCUAGCAGAGAACAGCGUCCGAUGGGCCAGUCUUGAAGACUACUCGCAGAAAGAAUGGGUGCAGGCCAUCAAAGACGGCAGUACGGGCAAGGGUAUACGGGCGCAGAGAUUGAAAGAGUGGGCAACGAGAUGGGAAAGGUUUUGUGCGUGGAUAGUGGAUGAGUACGGCGCUGACGAGAACACGAAUCCUGAAGAAUAAGAUUCUCUAGUUGUUGUUGGGAGCAGAGGUUCUUCAACAGUAAGAAUGAGGGACUCUUGGUUCACGCUUCACCAGCGCGUGUAGUCUUUCUGUUGUUUUGAUGCAACAGUAUGUAGAGCCAGAAAAGCUUCAACGCUACGAAAUUUAAAGACGAAUACUUCCG